AUGACCUAUGUAAGAAGAGUCGAUAGCGGCUUCGAAGUCAUGGAACAUUGCACACUUCGAGUUGCGCUGCGAAAUUUCAAUCACUCUCCUGACAAUGAACACCUGGUCAGUCGUAGAUCGACCAGGGCGGAAGCCGGCUUGUUCAUCGCGAGUGAUUUCUUUACGGUGUUCGAUAAGCCGAUCCAGGAUUAUCCGCUCUAUAAUCUCGUACAUAAUGAUAAUGCUUUCGCGUUUCUUAGCUCAGAGGGCAGAAGCGAAAAAAUUGAAAUCGUGAAAAUUGACAAGAUGGACGACAGACAGAAGCUCAACAAAGCCAAAAAACCGUCUGCAUUCCGCGAUGGAGCCACCUCUCUACGAGUGACGACCGUACAAGUGCCAUGGCGAUACAACGCCCGGCUAAAGUCUGACUUCAGACUUUCUGUGGUGUUUCCUUUGCUCGCCAACACCGUUCAAUGA